UCGACCUACCGGAUUUAAAAGCGGGAACUGACCGUUAGAGGAAACGCCGAGAUACAAGUUUAAAACUACCGUAUUUAUUCAGAUGUAGUAAUGCGGCUCCAACUCGAAUAUGAUUAAUAUAACAUGAACUUAAAGUUAACCGAGUUAGUUUUUAAAUGUUAAAAAAAACAAUGGCGACGGAGACCGUGUAGACUUUGUUUAAAUUCCCCCAACGAGUCUGGACGUAGUUUUGGAGAAACACUGAUAGAUGACAUUUAAAUGGUAAACACGCCGUUUAAACUGGGGAAAAGCUACAUUUGUUACAGAAUUCAGUUUUUUGUGUGUGUGUGUGUGUGUUUUUUUUUUGUUUUUGUUUUCCGGUUCCAUUUGUGGACAGCUCUGAAGUUUAUAAACAAUGAGCUGACCAGGCCUGUCUGGGGUAAAAAGGAGACUUUUUUUCUUGUUCUCGGUCUAUGAGAAAAAAGAAGAAUGAAACCGAAACCCGAUCAGAAUCCAGGAUCCAAAUGGGAAGGAAAAGGUGUAAAUGUGAGCAAGAAGACUUCAAGGAGCCAGGCCCAGCAAAAGUCCAGUGUGUCAUUUUCAGCACAACUCAAACCUUUAGCUGGAAAAGUGUUUUACCUGGAUCUGCAAUCCAACAGAACAGCAGAGACACUGGAGAGUGACAUCAAACUACUGGGUGGGACGGUUGAGAAGUUUUUCAGUAAGGAAAUCAAGUAUCUGGUAUCCAACAAGCGGGAGGCAAAGCAUGUGCACCGCCUCAGACAGGACUCUCCAGUCCCCAGUCCCGACUCUGGACAGAGUUCCCCCCAGCCAAACCUACACAGUCCUUCAAACCGCGUGGACAGUGUCAAAAGCAGGUCUCCGGGUCAAGUGGAUAAAUCGAUCAAGAGCCGAGGCAAGUCUCUGGUGGAAAGAGUAGUGAAGGAGCAGGGGAGGGUACAGAUGGACCGAAUCCUGUCCAAUGCGCUGGAGUGGGGUGUCAAAAUCUUCUUCUUAGAUGAUGUGUUGGCUUAUAUUCAGAAGAAAAAGGAAGUUUUCGGGAACCAAGUUUCAGCAGCUGCUUCUGUAAAAUCACAGGUGAAAAGUAGAUCUUCGGCAAAGCUGGGUUUUCAGAAACGGAAAGCGGGCAGGAUCGCCAAACCUUUUAUCAAGGUUGAGGAUUCAAGCAGACACUACUGUCCACUCUACCUCACAAUGCCAAACCUGCCUGAGUUUAACCUGACGACAGCGGCUCCAUACAGUCCCUUCUGUGUCGAGGAGAAAGCUUCUGGAGUCAAGCAGCAGGGACACAGAGGAGUAAAGGCUUCGGCUGCUGAGGAGACGGGUCAAGGCCGAAAGAGGAGCAGAGAGAAGAAGAAGCGAGGCGGUUUCUGCGAGUGCUGCAUGGUCAAAUACGACCAAAUCAAGACGCAUCUGCAGAGUGAACGUCACACUGCUUUCUCCAGGAGUGAUGAGUACUCGGUUGUGGACCGGCUGGUUUCGUCUUUGCACUUUAAUUUCCUUCCCUUGAAAACUAAAACCACAAGACCAAAGUGCAUCGUGUCCUCUACUUUAUUGGCUCCUGGAUCUUGUGGGGAAGCUGACCCAAGUAUCGGAGGGGAUGCCAGGAACUCGGAAAUCACCAAGGCUGAGGAGGAUCGGAUCCUCGAUGGGUCUGAAAGAUCGCACCCGGAACAACGUUUUUGUGCAAAAGCAGACCAAAGGAGCUGCUACACCUACUCAGACGGGUCCAAGCACAGGUUUCUUGCAUACAAACAGACAGCUACUCAGAAGGCUGAGCAGAUCGUGAAGUCAGAAAAUCCUCACUCUGACGGGGAAUUUCUGUCCAGAGACAACCGGGUCGGUUUUGUUGACAAAAUUCCCCACAAAGACACAAACGACUCAGUCUCUUACUUAUUAGGUACGAACUUGCAGAGUGAUGCAUCAGCAAGCAACUUCAGUGUUGUGGCGGACGGGCCUGAAGACGCAAACAAGGAGGCUGUUCUGUCUGAGGCUGUCCAGGAGGCAAAAGUAUCCUCAAAAACUGGAAACAAGCUCUCUGAAAAGGAAGACGAGAUGCCCAUCUUCUCUAGAGUGCAAACGAUUCAGAGGAAGAUCAAAGUUUAUAAGCGCAAAAGGCGGAAAGUGGACCCAAUCGUCGAGUCUGCAGGGCCAGAACUGGAGAACUCUGUACUGAAGCUUUGGGAGAUUUUCCAGUCAAGCGAUGACAUGGAUGUGGAGUUUCGUGGCUUUGCAGACUAAAUUAAGUGAAGAACUUUAGUCACAAUCUAGUUUUGUUUUUUGAGCCAUGAUAUUAAACCCAUUUAGACACGAUGUGCAGUUCAGAAAACAAUUUUAAUCCCUAAGAAGACCUAAAAAGUUUAGGCUGAUGCUAAGAUAAUUAAAAACAAACUGAACUUCACAAAGUAAAAAUUUAAAUGGGUCUGCAUGGACUAAAAAUAUGAAUUUAAGUAUUUUUAUUCUAAAAGUAGAACCACAUUUAUGUCUAAAUGGGUUAAAAGCUUAUAAACCGCUUCUGUAUAUAUGGAUUUAUUUUAUUUUAUUUGAUGAACGUCUGCUUCUUUGACAACUUUUCUAUUUUGAUACAGCCACAACGGAAGCUGAAAGCUUAACAGGACAAUUAUUAGUUGGUCUGUGGCUUAAAAAAAAAAAUAUUUUGGAAAAAUUGUAGUUUUAAUUACUAAAUAAAUAUUAUUUAUUUCUCAUUUUGGUCUUAUUGGUAACUGUCAUUUAACCUGAACUGGAAAUUAAAGAAUGUUCUCAAAGCUAAUUUUGGCC